AUGAAGUCGGGAGCUCUUCAACUCCUGGAGGUUCCUCCCAUCCAAUUCUUGUACAUGAUGUCGCUUCUAAAAGGCUUAUCAUAUCUUGAAGAAGAAAAUGCUUUAAAAUCAAAACAAAUCUCCACUCUGCAAGUUAAUCUUGGAGCUUUAUCGUCUGGAUACUUCGACUUAAAGAAUAAGCUGAUUGUUGAAUUUGGUGACAAGUUCAAGACUAUAGUUGAAGAUCCAAGUGCAACCCAAUCUUCUCAACUAGCCCCAACUGAUACAUCAUCUUCUGAUCUACCUGAUGAUCAUCCACCAACCAGAACCACUACAAUCGUUGACCGUUUUGAAAUUGAACUGGAGUAA